AUGUCGCGCACUCUAUCACUCGCCGUUUUUAUCAUCGCAGGUCAGUUUUUGCUUUUUCUUAUCCAAUACUCGACAACGUUUUCUCUUUGUUCAGUAGGACUCGUGUCUGUGGCCGAAGGUCGAUACAAGCGUCAAACUUACCAGUAUGAUCCGUACCUCAUGUCAUUUGCCCAUCCACAUCCAGGAACCAAAGUGCAACAGGGAUACUUAGCGAGAUAUGCUCCACAGGACUGGCCGAAAUGGUAUGUAAUCCCAUUGAUUCUCAGCUAGGAACAAGAAACAAAGGAAAAAACUGUUUGUAGGUAUUCGCGGAACAUGAUGAAGUGGACUGGAGAAUCAAGAUUCUCGCCGUACGAUAAGUCCGACGCCAGAUAUCCGAAUUGGCAUAAUGAGUUUUCGAACAGAAGAGUGUGAGAUUCCAUCGCGACUCUUUCCCCCUACAUUUCACCUCUUGCUUCGUUGAUAUCAUUUUUUCUUCUGGUACUCUUAUGGAUUUGUAAAUAAAUAAAUAAUUUUAUAUAAAUCACGUCUUUAACCAGAACAACCGAUUGACAAGGAAGAACGAUCAUGUCACAAUCUUCUGCAUUACCGAAGGAGGUCUCAUGCAUUCUCCGCCACUCUAUCGUGAUAACACGUUGGAAAAAGAAAAGAAAGCAAUUCUUCCCUGAAAAAUCAAUUGACAAACGAAACCAAACCAUACAUCGGUGGUGUUUUUCUUAUCAACUGUGGCAUUCGGCCGAACUCACUUCCCCACACUUUGGCUCCAUCGACUUGUUCCAAGUUCUGCUCUACUCCGAAUCACCUUUUACUCCCACUGAGUGACACGGCGAUACCAACAUUUUUGAGCUGAUAAGAAGUGCAUUUCACUUAUUGGUAGGGGUGUUCCAACUGACAAGGAGAGUUUGAGAAGACCUCUGAGAAGAUUUUUGGUUUAACUUUCAUAAAAGCGAUUGACCAUACUUGUUUUCGGCUGCAAAAAGUCAGUCACGUGACAAAGGGACUUUGGACUCUGCCACUUUUUCUUUUGACGCCAUAAAUCGGAAUACUGAUAGUCCGGGUUGGCGCCAUAAAAUGCAUAGAGUAGUUCCAGACUGUCAAUCACUAUUUUGAUAACAGACAUUUCGCGAUUUUUCGCGAAGAGCGCUCAUUUAAAAACGGCACAGAAACUUCAUUUUCAGGACACAAAGCGGUCGCUUAUCAAUUUUUUAGCCAUUCGCGGCCUACCUCGACAAACACUAAUCUACAACUUACUAUCUUUCGUUAGUUAAAGAAGCCGUUCGUCGUUUUCAGUUGCUUGUAGAGUCUAAGUGUUCCAAACUAGCCUCUAUAAAGUAAUUUUUUUCGGGGGGAAUGUCUCUCAGACAGAAUAUGAUGACAGUUAAGCGAACCUUGACCUCUUAUGAUUUGAAAGAAAUUUAUCUUUAUUGGAAUUUGAAUGACCUGUGAAUGGCAAUCAACGAUAAAUAGAAGUUGGUGAAGACCCCAGCCACAAUUUAUCUUUUUCCACCCGUUUUCCGCUUACCAUUUUCUCUCUCUUUCUCUUUCUAGGAAAAGAAACCGACUGCUAUGAUUUUUUGUCCAAGUAAUCAGAAACACCAUAAAAUUUUUCGAACCGUCCUUAUCAUACUUGAGCGAAACGGUAAAACGGUUUUGUUGAUAGAAACGGUAAAAUUAUGAGAACAGAAAAAUACUGGUUCUUAUGUAGUUAAAAUUUUUUCCUCUUCUUUAAAUCUUCAAUCGGUUUUAAAAACAAUUUCUGAAAAUAAUUUUCAAAGCUGAUUAUUCCGUUUUUGCAGAGCCAUGGAAGAGCUGAACAAGCAACCUAUGGAUGUACGUUUUGGUUUAUUUGAAAACGUUUUUGACAAUAUCACUUUCAGGAGUGGAUUCUGACCCAGAUCGAAUGGAUUGAUCAUUUCGCAGCUGGAAUGGUAUAGCACAAGAGUUGGCCCCCAAAACGGUCUUUUCAGAUUGAACAGAAGCCCGAAUUGAACGAACUGAUCAGGAACGAAGUCGAAGAUUACGAGAAACAAUUUAAUGAGAUGCGGGAGCAGUUCGAACUCGCACUUGCAAAAGUACUGGAUCCAAAUUUCCACCCAGAACAGGACUUCAAUGUACGUUUGUUUCCAAAAUAAGAUCCAAAUAGAUUCAUCGAUUGUUUUCAGGAAAAUCUAGGACAUUUGGAAGAAUGGUUAGAAUAUUCAUGCAAGCAUUUGAAUGGUAUUCUUCCGAGACGAAUAGAGUGCUAA